CUUGCGCCAAUCACAGUGUUCCUGGAGGGCGGACUGAACUUGUUGAUAAUUCUCGCUGGUGUCCGCGCGUACUGCGCAGGCGCAGCCCGGGUGACGAAGAUGGUGCUUAUCAAGGAAUACCGCGUAGUGUUGCCCGUCUCGGUGGAGGAGUAUCAAGUCGGGCAGCUGUUCUCUGUGGCCGAGGCCAGCAAGAACGAGACGGGGGGAGGAGAGGGCAUCGAGGUGCUGAAGAACGAACCUUACGAGAAGGAUGGCGAGAAGGGACAGUACACACAUAAAAUCUACCAUCUAAAGAGUAAAGUCCCAGGUUAUGUGAAGAUGAUUGCACCAGAGGGAGCGUUAGUUUUUCACGAAAAGGCUUGGAACGCCUACCCGUACUGUCGCACCAUUGUGACGAACGAGUACAUGAAGGACGACUUCAUGAUAAAGAUCGAGACGUGGCACAAACCCGACAUGGGGACAAUAGAGAACGUCCACGACCUGGACGAGCAGACGUGGAGGACCGUGGAGGUGUCUCCCAUCGACAUCGCCAACAGAGACGAAGUCACCCACGGGGACUAUAAGCCAGAAGAAGACCCGGCCCUGUUCCACUCCGCCAAGACGGGCAGAGGACCCCUCGGGCCCGAGUGGAAGAACGAGCUGAAGAGCGACUGCCCCUACAUGUGUGCGUACAAACUGGUCACGGUCAAGUUCAGGUGGUGGGGUCUGCAGACCAAAGUGGAGAACUUCAUCCACACGCAAGAGAGGCGUAUUUUCACCAACUUCCACCGCCAGCUGUUCUGCUGGAUGGACCGGUGGGUGGGUCUGACCAUGGAGGACAUCAGGCGGAUGGAGGAGGAGACUCAGAAAGAGCUGGAGGAGAUGCGUCAGAAGGGAGACGUGCGAGGCACCUCAGCGACUGACGUGUAGAGGCCCGUCGCUGUAGGUCACAAACCGAGAGGCAGGCUGACUGCGUAAUACAGGUCCGAUUCGAGGCACCAGUGCUGCUCAUGAGCAAUGAGGCAAAUCAACCAAACCCCGUCACGAUGAUGUCAUCAGAGACGCGUCCACCACGAUGAGGAGGGGGCCCCCGGCGCUGCGUCUUCUCCUCCCCGUCUCACAUGAUUCAUUGGGGGGUUUGAUGAUGAAGAUUGGUUAACAGUACUGUACAGAUUCUACCCCGAUCACAAGCCUCCUGGUCACUACAGAAAAUACAUGGUUUUUUUGCAUAUAGAUUAAAAAAAAUUUAAAAAAGCCCCCCCCCCCCCUCCCCCCCGCCCCCCUUUGCACAGAGAGUAACUGGCCUGAUGUGUAAUCGUUAGUUGGGCUUUUGUUCUUAUUCAGGCGUUUAAACCGUGACUCGACGUCGAGCCUUUUAAAUUAUUUAGAAUGUUUUUAGCUUCCCAGAACAAUUGGUAUGAGAAGACUUCAGCAGAACCCCCCCCCCCAUCCUUGUAUUAUAACCCCCCCCCCCCCCCCCCCCCCCAAAGUAUUGUCUAUACUCCUUCCUGGUAACACCCCCCCUGUGGUCUCACUCAUGUUGUCCCUCCUCCUCCUCCAUCCUGCGUGCAUGUGGACAACAGCAACUCCUCGCUCUACUGUCACUGCGUGCAGUCGCUGCAGUGCAGCUUUCGCUCAAGUUUGUGUGUGUGUGUGUGUGUGUGUGUGUGCGCGUGUGUGUGUGCGUGCGAUCUGCUGCCUUGGCUCUUAUUGGACGUCGCUCUGGAGGUGGAGGCUCCCGCGUGGCAUCCGUCGCUGCAUGUCCCUCCUCCACCCAGCAGGGCUCUAAACACCUCCACCCUAGCUUCUUUUUUUUCCUUUUUAAAAAAACAAAUAAGAGCAUGAAUCAAAAGAAAUGUUUUUUAAAAGAAUAUGUUAAACUACCGCUGACGGGUUCGUCGUGGUCGAGGCUCGACGAGCGUUUUGCACGUUGUCGUUUCUUUUUAUUCUCACCUUUUUUUUAGUUUUUAAAAUCAUUUCAUCUUCUUCCUCAGAGGAAGCAGGAGAGUCGAUCCGAUCACGUCACAUGUGUCACCUGAAACCAUCUUUGUGUGUGUGUGUGUGUGUGGGGGGGGGGGGGGUCUAAGUGUACUUCAUGCUAGGCUCGUUGUAGGGACGGACACGUUGUGCGUAGCGGUGUCCCGGCGGGGGGGGGUCUGUACUCGAGGAAAGGUUUGUUGAUAAUAAAUAACUAAAUGAGUCGGUUUGGAUCUGCACGCUCAGCAGCUUUUCAGUUUGUUGUCUUCUGUUCUUUAGUCUCUGUGGUUCUGCGUGUUUGAUCAGGAGAAGCUUUUGAGCAGUGUCGGAGAAGAAGGGAAAUCCUUUUUUUUCUUUUUUAGGAGGGGGGGGGCAUUACUUCUAUGGGGGGGGGCUUAGUGAACACGUGGAGUCCAAAAUCCUGCUGUCUUUAUUGUGAUCAUGAAUACACACACACGCAAACUCUACUGUUCUUUUAUGUUUUCAUUUUGAAAGACAAAGACUCACGAUGUACUCUGUUUUAUUCUUUUCUGAUGACGCGACAUUCAGGGGAAUUAGUAGUGAAUGUAAAACAGUUAGUUCAUGUUUGGUUUGUUUAUUCACGGCUCCCGGCUGUGACAGAAGGUCUAGACAAUGGAACAUAACAGAAUAUCUAAUAAAUUUGAUCAAAUAAGAGAAUCAA